AUGACUCCCUUUACUUCAAACAACUGGGCUAGCUGGCCGUACACCGUCAGCGAUCCCUUCGCCGCCGCCGCCGCCGCCUACUCUCAAGUCUCCAACACCAACUAUCCGACAUACAUGGCCGACUCCAUGGACCCCUACCAGGUUCACCACCAGCGCCUGCUUAACCAGCAAAUGCCUCGUACCACAGAGUCUAAGCCUCGUCUAUCCAAAGAAGAGGUUGAGAUUCUCGAGGCCGAGUUCCAAAAGAACCACAAGCCCAACAGCACAACCAAGAAGGCUCUGGCUGAGUCUAUGCGAGUAGACAACGCUCGCAUCAACGUAAGUUCCCUUCUAGUUUCUUACACACUCCCCAUCGUCUCCACGACCAUUUCCGCUAACACGCCAAAGAACUGGUUUCAAAACCGUCGUGCGAGGGAAAAAAAGGAGAAGAACAUCCGGGAAUACGAGGCCAAGCAGAAGCAAGAAAAGGACAAGGCCGUUGCUGAUGGUGUCAGCAUUGUUGGUCAUCGCAAGCGUGACCUGGUCGCCUCGAGUGCUCCUUUCCCGGGCUCCCAGCCCGCUUCUCACAUUCGCGACAGUUCCAGCUCGCCAGUCGCCACCCCCAACAGUACCAUCAUUGAUCUUAUCAAGUCGGAUGGUGCCCCCUCCACGGAGACUACACCCGAGCUCGUUAGCGAGGCCUCUACUUUUGACACGCGCAAGGAAUCCACCAGAAACAACACCGAGGACAAGUCGCCGGAAGAGAUCAACGACCAUCUCUCAAUUUCCGAUGCCAGCACCGAUGCCCUUUCCGUGAGCGACAAUGAGCUUUACAUGCCCAUGGCAAACCGUAGCCCCAGCCAGCUGCUUGGUCCCGAGUUUCAGAGCCUACAUGCUGGCGGUGCCAGGGUCAACCCAUUGUUCUCCUCGCCAAUGUUCCUUGGCACCCUUGAGACGGACGAGUCCAGAUUUGGUGGCCUAGUUGACCGCGAUAUCUCCAUCAGCCCAACCUGCCAACUUACCGCAGGCAUGCACCUCAAGUCUCCCCCUUGCAUCGACAUUGCCACUCGCCGCAACAGACGCCCGACCCCCUUGGCAAUCAAUGCCGCCCGCACUGGCACCUCAGGCUGCGGGCUUCCUAAAUCCGCCAUCGACUUUGGCAAGAUGGCUGAGACGACCAGUUUCAUGCGUAGAACGUCGUCGGCCUCGAGUUCUGGACGUGUCUCCAAGCCCGCAUGCACGCCUCGCAACAUGUUGAGCAUGCAUCGCUCGCCGUCAUCAACUACUGGCGCCAGCUCCAUGGCUCCCCCGACCCCCGACACACCUAUUGUGAACAACGCUCAGGGCUUGAACGACCUGACACUUGCUGGCCCUUUCUCACUCGACACGAAGCUAGCUGGCUUCAUCGCCCAUGACCCCACACUAUCGACACCUCCUACCACUCCUGGCAUGGUCGACAAUAUGUUCAGCAUGAACUCGGUAUAUGGCAUGGGUGUUUCGGAAGACUAUCUCGUCAACACAGGUCUGUCUGGUCUUCCUGCAUCCUAUGACCUCGCUGCCGUUUCCGUGCCCGGGUACGUCAAUGAUGUCAGCACCCCAGUCCUGCAGGUCCAUGGGGCAUACAGCCAGCAAAGUGGUCACCCCUUCCAUUUGGGUCUCUACAGCAAUGCCGACUGGUCUGAGGCCUAG